UCCCGGGAAGCAACUGUACAACACUGCACGCCUUGUCCAGAGAAUGCAUCUUACUACGGAGGAGAAAAUGGAGCUGGGACUCAAGGAGCAAGGGACGGUCAAUCCUGCAUUUGCAGUCAAAGACAGUGAUGAACAGCCUCAGCUGACGGUCAACAUUGGGGAGCCACACACAGAGGCCCUGGAGGAGAGUGUCGACAACGGCGUAGAUUUGGUUUACUCCCUAAAUGACAGACCGCCGUGGUACCUCUGUAUUCUGCUGGGCUUCCAGCAUUACAUCCUUGCCUUUGGUGGGAUCAUUGCCGUCCCGCUGAUCUUGGCCGAGCCCCUCUGCAUAAAGGACAACAAUGCUGCAAAAAGUCAGCUCAUCUCCACCAUCUUCUUUGUGUCUGGAUUGUGUACGCUACUGCAGACAACGUUUGGAACCAGGUUACCAGUCCUCCAGGGUGGGACCUUCAGUUUCAUCACUCCAACCCUGGCCAUUCUUGCUCUGCCCAAAUGGCAGUGUCCGGCUCCAAAAGCAUCCAUGAUGCUGUCCAUGCAGCUGCAGAACGGCAGCAGCCCACUGCACAUGGACGACUCUGAUGAGGUGUGGAUGUCACGAAUGCGUGAGAUCCAGGGGGCCAUCAUGGUCUCCUCUCUGCUCCAGAUUGUCCUAGGCUUCUCUGGGCUGGUGGGGUUCGUACUGCAAUACAUCGGCCCUUUGGCUAUCGCUCCCACCAUCAACCUCAUUGGCUUGUCGUUGUUUAUUGAAGCAGGAAAGAAGUCUGGAGGUCACUGGGGAAUAGCUGCUCUCACGGUCUGUCUGAUCCUCCUGUUCUCUCAGUAUCUCAGCAAAGUCAAUGUUCCAAUGAUUGCUUACAAGGAUAAGAAGUGGAAGGUUUUCCAGUAUCCGCUCUUCAAGCUCUUCUCAGCUUUGUUCGGGAUGUGUGGAGCCUGGCUGGUCUGCUUCCUGCUCACCAUCUUUGACGUCCUUCCUUCAAAGUCCAACGAAUACGGCUUCUCAGCCAGGACUGACAUCAGUCUGGAUGCUGUGACAAAUUCCCCCUGGUUCCACGUUCCUUACCCUGGUCAGUGGGGUGUGCCCACAGUAAGCGUUUCAUCAGUGUUGGGCAUGAUGGCAGGUGUCCUAGCAUCAACUAUGGAAUCGAUCGGUGAUUACUACGCUUGUGCUCGCUUAUCAGGCGCCCCUCCCCCGCCCACUCAUGCCAUAAACCGAGGUAUCGCUGUGGAGGGCAUCGGCUGCAUCCUGGCUGCAGUGUGGGGAACAGGAAACGGAACCACCUCCUACAGCCAAAACAUCGCUGCACUUGGAAUUACCAAGGUUGGCAGCAGGCUGGUCCUUCAAACCACUGGCAUUCUGAUGAUCGUCCUGGGAAUCUUUGGGAAGUUUGGAGCUGUUUUUAUCACCAUCCCAGACCCGGUCAUUGGAGGCAUGUUCCUUGUUAUGUUUGGAAUGAUCGCAGCAGUGGGGAUAUCCAAUCUCCAGCAUGUGGACCUCAAUUCAUCCCGUAACCUCCUCAUCCUUGGUUUCUCCACCUUUAGCGGUCUUGUUCUACCAUCCUGGUUUCACUCAAAUCCUGGCAUCAUAGACACAGGAAUCAAAGAGCUGGACCAAGUGAUCGUAGUGCUCUUUACCACCCACAUGUUCAUCGGAGGAUUCUUUGGCUUUAUCUUGGACAACACCAUCCCCGGAACUGAAAAAGAAAGAGGAAUAAAGAGCUGGCAGGAAAAGGUGCAAGGCGGAAGCAAAAACAUGUGUGACAGGUCCUGCUAUGAUAUCCCUUUCUGCAGCGGCCUUUUGAAGCGGUUUAGAUGUUUCCAGUACUUGCCCUUCCUUCCUUCUUAUAAAUCAGACCAGGGGAUACCCAAGUAAUAAUAUGCCGAUUUGGUGAAAGAGUUGAUGCCAGACUGUGGUUGAUGAGCACUGAAAUACAGAAAGCAAAGAGGAAAAUGAAUCACAAACUUUUUUCAGUGCUUAUUUAUGACUUGUUAACACAAGGGUGGAUGGGUCAAGUCCGCUGUGAGCCAAUAUGUGACACUUUCCUCCCAUAGCCAAAAUAAAAAGCUUUAUUGAUUGGGUUAUACUAAAACUUUAGCCUUAAACAUAAAAUUUCCCUUAAUCUUCUAAUCCUCAUACAAAUAUUACCAGUACUGUUGGAAUAGCCUGUAUUUCGGGGUAAACCAGCUGCAUUGUUAACCUUCCAGUCUGUACUUAAAACCACAAACAAGAGUGUAGUUUAUCUGCAGACAUGAGGGCACUGA